UCUCACAACAGUGGAAAAACGGAGAAACGUUCUUUACCCUCUUCAGGUUAUCGAACCACCGGAAAUACAAUUUUUAUUAUGGGAGCAACACUUCCUGCAAUCCAUAUUUUAAGAAGUCAUCAAAAAUGACAGACCCAAAUCCACUGCCCAGGGACACUCCAGAGUCUGAGUCGCCAAGAAUUGUGGAACAACAGCUAUCCUUAGAUGAUACGAUUGAACGGUGCAUCGGGAACUGCGGGAGGAUACAAUUCUUCCAAGCCACUCUUAUAUCAUUUGCUUAUUUUUUCGAUGCACAACAAUGCUUCAUAAGUGUUUUCACUGAUGCUGAGCCAACAUGGCAUUGCAAUUCACUUAGUAAUUCGCCGUGCAAGAAUAUCUGUCGAAUUCCGAGAGAUUCUUGGAACUGGGAUUUGCCCGCUCACACUUCCAUAAUCUCUGAAUGGUCCCUUGAGUGUUCCGGCUCCGUUAUCACCGGCCUCUUGGCAUCGACCUUCUAUUUGGGCUGCCUCGUUGGUGGGUUUGUCCUGUCAACCCUGGCGGACUCUUCUUUGGGCCGAAAGAACAUGCUUGUCUUAUCUUGCCUGCUCAUGUCUGUAAGUGGAGUUUUAACCGCACUCUCCACCAACGUGUGGAUGUAUACCGCUUUGCGAUUUAUCAGUGGAUUUGGUAGGUCAACAAUAACCACUUGUGCACUUGUUUUGUCAACAGAACUUGUUGGGAAAAAAUGGAGAGGAAAUGUUGGGAUCAUAGGAUUUAUCUGUUUUCCUAUAGGGUUUCUUUCUUUACCUGGCAUUGCUUAUCUGACCAAAGGUUCCUCAUGGAGACUCCUAUACAUGUGGACUUGCGUUCCAGCAGUAUUUUACUCUGUAUUAUCGUAUUUUCUAGUUUGUGAAUCGCCCCGGUGGCUUUAUAUCAAGGGACGGAAGGAAGACUUUGCCAAAACACUGAGAAGCAUUUCUACACCAGCAAAACGGAGUAGCUUAACUGACAGCUUCUUCGACAAGUGCAUUAAGUGGGAAGACGAGUGGCUAGAAACAGACUUGUACUCCACAAUAAAGAUCUUGCUGCAAAAAUCUUGGACUCUUCGACGACUUGCGUCAGUUAUGGUUGUCGGUUUCGGAGUUGGCAUGAGUUAUUAUGGCAUGCCAUUGGGCCUUGGAAACUUGGCAUUUGAUCUAUACUGGAGUGAGGUAUUUAAUGCAUUUAUAGAAAUUCCAUCCACCUUGCUUAUAUUCUUUCUUAUUGGGAAACUGAACAGGAAGUUCUCGAUAUUGGGAUUAGCUAUAUUGAGCGGAAUUUUUAGUUUAACGUGCGUGCUGGUUAGGUGGAAGGGGAUGCAAAUAGGACUAGAAUUGAUAUCAUUUUUCAGCGCAGUCACUGCAUUAGAUUUGGUAAUGAUUUAUACCUUGGAGUUGUUUCCAACAUGCGUGAGGAACUCGGCUGUGUCAAUGUUGAGGCAAGCAGUGCUGUUUGGUGGCCUUUUUGGCCCCGUCAUAGCGGCAGCCGGCAGACAGAAUAGGUUUCUUUCAUAUGGAGUGUUCGGGAUAACUAUAGCUGUGUGUGGGUUGUUCGUCACGCUCCUGCCAGAAACAAGAGGACGGACAUUCUACGAUACCAUAGAUGAAGAGGAACGGAAGAAUAGAGCUUUAAUUGAUGGAGUGGAUACUGCAUAAGUCCACAUUAUGGAAGUAAAUAGGCACUUAAUUCUAUAGUUUAUGGCCUUCUAAUUAUAUAAUAUAUGUUGUAUUGAAAACAAGGGUGAACCACACAACCAAACUAAAAUAAAAAUAUAAAUAAAUAAAUAAAUAAAUAAAAAUGGAAGUUACUGUGCAUAGAGUUUUAUUAGAAUGUACUAAAUACGUUCCUUUUCAUGAAGAAAAAUAUUGUAUCUUCUCUCUAAAUAUGUGAAGAA